UGCAAAAAUGUGUACUGUCUUAAAGAACAAAGAAAACAAUCUUUCCAUAUGAUCAGAAGUUAAUGGGCAGCGAUAGGAAAUCAAGGGAGGCUGAGAAGAAGAAGCUCAAGAGAACUUCUUCCUCUUCUCCGCGAGAUGAUGCGAAGAGCAAAAGAGUGAAAAUUGGAAACGCUGACAAGAAAGAGAAAUCCAAUAAGAAGCACAAAUCCCAUAAAUCUUCCAAACGCCAUUCUGAUAAAGAAAAGAAGUCCGGAGAGAAGCACAAGGAUAAAGAUCGCAAGCAUCGCGAUCAUUCGAAACUGAAAUUCCAAGAACUGUCCAAUGAAGACUAUUUCUCCAAGAACAAUGAAUUUGCUACAUGGCUGAAAGAGGAGAGGAGAAUAUUUUUCUCAGAUCUUUCUUCCGAUUCUGCUCGUGAUCUAUUCAAAGAGUUUGUCGUCGAAUGGAACAAGAAGGAGCUCGAACCCCGAUACUACGAUGGCAUUGCAGCUGCACCUCGGACAUCGCACAACUGGAAUAUCAAAAAGUAGUACAAGUUCAAUUUGUUAUAUCUUUAUUUCAUCUUCCUUUUUUCCAGUAAUGUAAUCCCUAAGUUUGAGAGCUACAAAAAUUCCGAUUAUAGUACUCUUUGUAUCUCUGGGUCUGAGUUAUGUAACCAGUUGGUGCUGUAUUUUUGUGGGUGUGGUGAGAAUGCUAUCAACAUA